AAUAACAGAGGCGUGUUUUUAGUAUUUUUUAAAAAUUUUGCUCAUAAUCUGAUCAUGUAAUUAAACUUUAUACAACCAAAGGUCUUCCUGUUUACUAAAAUGACUUCAAAUUUAAUCAUGAGCUGAAGAUUUCAAGCAAGUAAAAGUUGAUYAUCGUUUUCUUCUUUCAGAUGAGUUUAUCACCGUGGCUCACUGGACUUCUGUUGAUCAGCCUAACUGGAGCACAUGGACUCAGCCACUUCCCAGAAAACUUUGUGAUUGCAAAAAGGAACGACAACGGCCCGGUCACGCUGACCUGCAGGGAGGCCAGCGAAGGGACCGUCGUGUGGAAGCUGAACGACGAGGACGUCGAUUUCGAGGACCUCGACCACUAUAAGAGCGAUGGUAAAAAUCUGAUCGUGUCAGAGAUAGACGCACCCUUGCUGGGAGAGUACAGCUGCUGGACAGGCGAGGAGAAGUUAUCCUCAACCUUUCUGCUGCAGGAGGCUGAAGAACAGAAGGCUGGGGAUCAGAAUGAUAAGGAACAGAAAGACUCUUUCCUCAGUUGUCGAGCAAAGUCUUACGAUUGUGACUUCACCUGCAGCUGGAACAACAGCCAUUACACCGCUGUGCGUCUUGGAGUUGGCCAAGAAUGCGCCACACACCAGGAGUCGUGUCACUGGGUGAGCAGCAGUGACGUCCGGAGCGAGGGGUCCCAGUUCGUUCUGUCCCACACCCUCUCACCGUACGCAGAGGAAAGCACCAAGCUGGAGGUGACUGCCGAGGCCACCAACAGCAACUUCUACUUCCUCAGUGAAAACAAGAAGUUUUAUCUCCGAGACAUUGUUGUCCCCGAUAGUCCCCACAUCGUCCGGUGUCAGGAAGUGGACCAGGAACUGAACGUGACCAUCGAUCCUCCGUCCAGCUGGUCCACUCCUCACAGCUUCUUCAGCCUGGAGCACGAGAUCGAAUACGUGUUCAGGGAUGAUGGCAGCAAACGGCGGUCUCUGUCCACUCUGAUACCGAGGGGGAUCAGCAAGCUGAGGGUUCGCUCCAGGGACUCGGUGGUCCUCUCACCCUGGAGUCAGUGGACUCCGUGGAAAAAUGUAACCCACUGAAAUUUGAGCCCAUCACUGUCAGCUUCUGCAUUUUCAUAUGUGUUAACUUGUCUGCAGUGUUUACGUCACAUUUAGGAUUUUAUAAUGAUGCCCCC